GUUUACUUAGCCAGCUCAAAAGUAAUGCCCGCAAUCUAUGUCUGGUUACUCGACUUGAAUUUCGCACAUCACCUAUGUUUUAUGUCGUCGGUUUCGAGGUUUGUUGGCGCAGUAUUAUUCGCAGAGAAAGCGAGCCUCGGGAGAAAUUUAUAGCUGGAGAUCUACACAGGUCGACUUCAGGAAAUAUCGCAUUAUCCCUGCUGACGUCACUGUCGAGGCAUCAAGCGUGCCGCUACAGACAAAUGCAGUGCAAUCGAUGAGUAAAUCUACUUUAGCUGGUAGAACAUCCAGCUGCUCUUUUGCAAUGUGAUCUUAAUGCAAACAGAGGCGGUCGAAGGAUCACCUCAGUCACAAUCCCAACCCCAACAACCACAUCACGAGACAUAGCCGCUUCUUCUGAGGCGCACCCCUCCACACAGCAUGUUCAAAAACGUCCCUUGGGCCACUGGUGCCGGUCCUGGUGCAGGCAAACAGAAUAGUCAAGGAGAGGAUGGACAAUCGCUUACGACUGUCCUGAGGAUCUCCGAGCAGCGCAGUGCAUUGACUCUGCUCGUGGCGGACUGCAUGCAAGCCAUGCACCAGUCGAUCGUCGAUGUCUUCGACGCAACUCAGACAGGCGAACAGGUGGAAAAGCUCGUCGAUAUCGACGAUACUACUGCGCCAUCUGCGAGCGAAGUGGUCGCAAACUCGGACAUGAUCCGGCAGGAAAAGUCGGCCAAGGAGCUUGCGAGCCGCGAGCAAGAAAUCAACGCUGCAUCUAUGCAAAGUCUCAAAGCGGCAGCUCUGAGACACUUUGAGGAGUGGCAUUCGAGCGUCAUCCAACGGAUUGGUGAGGUAGUCAACGCGCGGGAUGCGAACGACUCACAACAGCAAGAAACAACAUCAAGCGUUGGGGAAGUACCAACAUCUACAAGCGCAGCUCUGGAGCAAGACAAAUCUCACCAUGAUGAGAAUAUCCAAAUUGCUCUGCGAAAGCUGUACCCUCCAGUGGAGAACACGCUUAGGGAACUCCCAGAAGCCAAACGAGCAUUAAUUGUCCAUUCGAUCUUACUUCUCCUCUUGAGUCUCGAGCAUUAUCAAGCCCCGUCUCGAAUCCUACUCUUGCGCCUCACGGUUUCCCUAGACCUGCCGAUAUAUUUAGCGACCUCGGACGAGAACAAGAUUGCGCGCGGCCUACUCACUGCAGCCGAGAACUUGAAUGCCGACAACGAGACCAAGAAGCGGGCAGACGACAAUCAGGGCUCUCGCAAAUGGCAGGUCGGUCUCGCCGCCGUUGCAGGCGCAGCGCUGAUCGGUGUCACUGGCGGUCUUGCAGCUCCAUUGCUUGCAGCCGGUGUCGGUAGCGUGAUGGGAGGCCUGGGCUUGGGAGCUACGGCUGCCGCAGGUUAUCUAGGCACCCUUGCCGGUAGCUCGAUCCUUGUUGGUGGUCUUUUCGGUGCGUACGGUGGGCGUAUGACGUCCCAGAUGAUGGAUCAGUACGCGCGCGAGGUCGAGGACUUCGCAUUUGUGCCGGUGCGAGCGCCCACUGCAGCAAUUAAGGCUACCAACGAAACCCGACGUUUACGAGUCGCCAUUGGUGUCAGCGGGUGGCUGACCAAUCCCAAGGAGGUGUAUGAGCCCUGGAGGGUGCUCGGUACCGAUAUUGAGACCUUUGCACUUCGCUUCGAACUAGAAUCGCUCAUGGGCCUCGGAAACGCGAUGACAAGCAUGGUCAAAUCAUUCGCAUGGGGAUACGCCAAGUCCGAGAUCAUCAAGCGCACAGUUUUUGCCAGCUUGACCGCUGGUCUCUGGCCGCUAGCAUUACUGAAAGUCGGACGUGUUAUUGACAACCCUUUUAGUGUUGCGCACUUUCGUGCAAUCAAAGCUGGAGAGGUUCUCGCGGAUGCGCUGAUCAACAAAGCGCAAGGAGAGCGCCCUGUUACUCUGAUCGGGUACAGUCUGGGGGGCAAGGUCAUCUACACAUGCCUACAGAAGCUCGCAGAGCGUAAGGCUUUUGGACUCGUUGAAUCUGUGGUCUUCGUUGGCACACCUGCAUCGUCAGCCUCGGCAGACUGGCGGAAAAUCCGCAGCGUCGUUUCAGGGAGAGUGGUGAAUGUCUACAGCACUAAAGACUACAUUCUUGGAUUUCUCUAUCGAAGUCAAAGCAUCCAGUACGGCAUUGCAGGGCUUCAGGCAAUCCAGGGUGUGGCUGGGGUUGAAAAUGUGGAUGUCAGUGAUAUCGUGAGCGGCCAUACUAGCUACCGUUUCCUCAAUGGUACGAUCUUGGAUAGGAUAGGGUUUGAGAACAUCGAUCCAGAGGAGCUCGCUUUGGAGAAGGCUGCUCUUAAGGAGCAGGAGGCCAAGGAAGCACGGGAUCGUGCCAACGAUGAGCAAAAGGAGUUAGCGAAGGGUGCUUCGACUGCUGGCAGUGAGAAGGAUAUUUCUGAAGACGCCAUCAAUGCGCUUGAGAAAGACAUCGCACAGCAGAACGAGCGCAGCUAUGUCGGGUGGGCACAGGACCAGCUGAUUUCGGCUGGAGCCAGCGCGAGCGGCGCAUAUCAGAAGGCGACCUCCAUGUGGCAGCAAAAACAAAAGAGGUCAGCAGGGCCGUCGCCGGGACAAGAUACCGACAAUGCGACCGUUAAGAGCACCCAAGAUGGACUGGGAAAUCUCAGCGUGCAGGAUCAAAAGUCAAUGAUAUAAGACAAGUCAAGCAAUUCAUUACAUUUUAAAGAUGGCACGUGCUCAGGUUGUUGCGCUAAGUUUACACUCGCAGGACAUAAUCAGGCAUCAUCCAUAGAACUGACGAAAUAUAAUGAUUCGAGUCAAAGCGCUUACGCC